AUGCCUAGAAGCGAAAAGCCAAGUGCCUCACCAAGUAAUGUGAGUAUUGAAAUCUACGAUGAAGACAGUAGUACUUUCGACAGUGAAGAAGAGGAAAAAUCAUCCAAAAAGAAAAACAGGGGGAGGAAUAAAGUAGAGGAAGAUGAGGACGAGGAAGAAGUGACAGCUGCAGAACGGAGGCGAAGAUACAAAAGACGACGGAUGCAAGAAGCUUCAAUGGAUAGUGAUGAUUCUGAUGGAGAAAGCUGUAAAAGCAGGAAGAACAGAGCAAAUCGGAGGAGCAGGGAUGGGUCUUGUGAUGAAGAGGAUGAAUGGGACAGAAAAAGCAAGUUAUCUGGAAUGGGGAAGAAAAAGAAAAAGAGAAAAGGAUCAAGCUCUGAUGACUCAUCUGAUGAUGAUGAAAUGACAGAGGAGGAAAUAGCCAAGUUGAAGGAAGCAGUAGAAGAGAAAAAGAAGCUAAUUGCCACCUUACGAAGCAAGCCUUGGAAGAUGAAAAAGAAACUUCAAGUCCUAAAAGAUGCCAAGCGGUUUGUGGAAAAAUUUGAAGGGGCUCUUGGCAAAGGCAAAGGCAAACAGUUUUAUGUCUAUAAAGUGAUGAUGAUGAAAAAAUGGAUGAAAUUUCAACGUGAUUUUGAGAAUUUUAAAACAGCCUGCAUACCCUGGGAAAUGAAAAUCAAAGAAAUUGAAAGUCAUUUUGGCUCUUCAGUUGCCUCCUAUUUCAUAUUUUUGCGAUGGAUGUAUGGAAUAAAUGUAAUUCUGUUUGGAUUGACCUUUGGUCUCAUCAUGGUACCUGAGGCACUGAUGGGGAAACCCUAUGGGACUUUACCUAGAAAAACUGUGCCAAGAGCAGAGGAAGCAAGCGCUAUGAACUUUGCUACUUUGUAUGAUUUCAGUGGCUUUGCACAAUAUUCUGUGCUGUUUUACGGCUACUACAAUAACCAGAGAACAAUUGGGUGGCUGAAGUUCCGGAUGCCUCUCUCCUACUUUCUUGUGGGAGUUGGAUGCAUUGCUUACAGUUUCAUGGUUGUGAUCCGCACAAUGGCAAAGAAUGCACAUGAUGAUGGUGGUGGAGAUGAUACAAGUUUUAAUUUCAGUUGGAAAAUGUUUACCAGCUGGGACUACUUGAUUGGCAAUCCUGAAACAGCAGAUAACAAAUUUGCAUCAAUUACUACUAGUUUCAAGGAAGCAAUUGUUGAGGAACAAGAGAGUCGGAAAGAAGAGAACAUACAUUUGGUCCGAUUUCUGAGGGUGCUUGCUAAUUUUUUCGCAUUCUGCACGCUGGCUGGGAGUGGCUAUCUCAUCUACUUUGUUGUGAGGAGAUCCCAGCAAUUUGCUUUGGAAGACAUGGAAAACCUUGGAUGGUGGGAGAGAAAUGAAGUGAACAUGGUUAUGUCCCUUCUGGGAAUGUUUUGCCCCACUGUGUUUGAUGUAAUCAGUGCUCUGGAAAACUAUCACCCUCGAAUAGCCCUCCGGUGGCAGCUGGGGCGCAUCUUUGCUCUCUUCCUGGGCAACCUAUACACAUUCAUUAUUGCUUUGAUGGAUGAAAUAAAUCUCAAGCUGGAAGAAGAGAAGCUUGUAGUGCAGAACAUGACAAUUUGGUUAGCCAAUGUGUACAAUGGGACCAUCCCAGAAAAUGUCACUGGUCUUCCACCACAUGUAGACCUUGCAGAUGUCCCUAGAGGCCCGUGUUGGGAAACAAUGGUUGGCCAGGAAUUUGUGCGGCUGACGGUCUCCGACACUGUGACAACCUACGUCACAAUUUUAAUUGGUGACUUCCUGAAAGCUGUCUUUGUCAGGUUUUUCAAUUACUGCUGGUGUUGGGACUUGGAAUAUGGCUAUCCUUCCUAUUCAGAAUUUGACAUUAGUGGAAAUGUGCUGGGCCUGAUCUUCAAUCAAGGCAUGAUCUGGAUGGGAUCUUUUUAUGCCCCUUGCCUCCCAGCUAUCAACGUGAUCCGUCUCCAUACUUCCAUGUACCUGCAGUGUUGGGCUGUGAUGUGCUGUAACGUCCCCCAUGAGAGAGUCUUCAAAGCUUCAAGAUCAAACAACUUCUACAUGGCCAUGCUGCUUUUUAUUCUCUUCCUCUCCACACUACCAGUUGUCUACACGGUUGUUUCCGUCCCACCAUCUUUUGAUUGUGGCCCAUUCAGUGGAAAAGUCAGAAUGUUUGAAGUCAUUGGAGAAACUCUGGAACACGAUUUCCCUUCCUGGUUUCGGAAAGUAUUUAGACUCGCCUCAAAUCCUGGAGUGAUUCUACCCUUCAUCCUGCUGAUGGUCUUGAGUAUCUACUAUCUCAAUGCUACCUCGAAGGCCUACAAGGAUAUGAACUUGGAGCUUAAAAAGAAAUUGCAAAAUCAAGCUGAUGAAAACAAAAGGAAGAACAAACAAAAAGCACAGGAAGCACGACAGGCUCUAGAAAAGGCACAGGAGACUUCCAAACAGGACCCUGCAAAAGCAAGUCAAGAGAAAGAAAAAGGAGAUAAUCCAUCCAAGAAAAAGCAGGAAGAAAAGCCCCCUCCAGGCGGGGUUGCAAACGGAAGCUGUCCCCCCGCUGGCAGAGGCGGCAGCGGCAGCGCUGUCCCUCCCCCGCAGAUAGCAGUGACUCGGCCACCUGCACCGAGGGGCUAUGACAUGAAUGGGCACCUUCCAGGAAAUCCACGCUUUGGAGGUCCCGCUCUGCAAAGGCUGCCGGGACCACCUCCCAGUUACUGAGAAGAAAAAUUCCCUGGCUUCUCUGCAAGACAAGCCUUCUGUCAUGUUAUGUGAUAUUGCACUUCAAAUAAUUGAAAAGGAUAGAUGGCUACAGUGAGGAUUUGCACUGGCACUAGGAGAUUCAGGGCUUGAACCAGGUGAGGUGGCUGGGCCUGAGCUUACGGAGCCAGUGUGGGAUUAGACCUGUUGGGACUCAGAGGUUCUUGGUGUCUAGUAGGAAAUGGGGAUCUGCUUCAUGGAUUGGCCAGCAGCAUGCCUCUGAUCAAGCUAGAGAUCAAAGGCAGCCUGGCUUUUGAAUCUCACUUAGUCAGCAGAAUGAGAAUGCAGACUGGUUCCCAGGUUCUCUCUUUGAGACCUCUGUGCUCCACUUCCAGGCUCUCUCUCAAUCCAUUCUCAGAGGUGCAGCUAAGUAAUUUUGGAGCUGGGACCUAAAGGCCUUUUCUCCCCCCCUUCCCUGCAAGAUUAAAUAUCAUCCCCCUACUCACACCGUGACAAAUGCAGUAUUUUUAACACAUGGGUUCUUGAGGGCCCAAACAGCAACUGAACUCACAAGGAUAUAAUGAUGUAAAGUGACUCUUGAUGCAGAUUUGCAUUAGCAAAAACAUUUUAACAUGUAAUUUAACAUAUCCCACAUAGUCCUUCCUCCACCCACCCACCCAGCAUCAUGCUCUAUUGAACUUUUGCGUAACACAUGAGAGAGUCCAGUGAUACUGGGAGACUCUUUUUUUCUAAGGGCACCCAGGCAGCAGCACAAUCCAACACAGGGCAUACCCAGCAGGGUUUAGUCUACAUGCUUCUUCAAACGGCAAAUUAAGCCAGUACAGCACCACCACCACCACCCCGGCCACCAUUCCCAACCUGGGAGCAUCUCCCAAAAUGCUCAUGGGGGUGGGGGCAGCGAAGGGGGUCUGAGAAUGAGCAGAGGACUUAAAGGAAGAGACAAAGAGGAGAAAGGAAAGGAAAAGAGGAGGAGAAGAAAAAGGUGCCUGGGAAAAAUCGAAGGAGAUUUAUUUCCCUUCCCAAACUAUAGUUGAGGACUGAGACAAUUGUUUCACAUCUGUUUCUAUGACUCUGUUCCUUAUUAAAUCCCCAUAUUUCCAAAUGCCCAUAAACCUAGUUCCUAUACUGCACAUUCCCACCCCCCACUACUGCAGGAAAAUGUGUAAAAUUAUUUUGUUUCGUCACCA